AUGUUUUUUUUUUCUUGUAGAGUGCCAUUGCACAAGUUCAGGUCUGUCAGGAAUUCUUUAAAAGAUAUUGGCAUUUCAGCUGAAGAUCUACGGAAGAAAGCACACCUAGACUUGAAGCACAAGUACUCAGGAGAGUAUGGUGGUCCAGAGCCUCUUUCCAACUAUCUUGAUGCUCAAUACUAUGGAGAAAUCUCAAUUGGAACUCCUCCACAGCCUUUCAAAGUGGUCUUUGACACUGGUUCUUCCAAUUUGUGGGUACCCUCUAAAAAGUGCCCUCUGAGUGAUGUUGCAUGUUGUAAGUCAUGGUCAAAUCUAAUCCAUACAUCUACAUUGUACCUAUUGAUUAAUGCUGGUAGAAAUGCAAGGCUGAACUAGAACUACUCAUGCACAUUGUGUUUGAAAACACAGUUGUAAUUACUUCUGAUAGGAACUAAACCCAAUUAAGACAAUGAGUGUAUUGAAAUCAAAAUCUUGUAGUUCACCCCAUGGGGAAAAAAGGAGGUGAGAAAAACCUCUGGCUUUUCACAGGCUGAUCUCUUCUCCUACACCUAUACUUUCAUCUCCAGCUUUCUAUAGCAAAGAUUGCAGAUUACUUAUCUAUCAACAGAUGCUGGCAAUCUUAAGUUUUCUCCUGCUCUCCAUUCUUUCCUUUGUAGUCAACAUUUCCUAUCCAUCCUCAUCUCUUAGGUCUUUGACUAUUUCCCAAACACUUCUUCAUCUAAUACCCCAAGGAACAUAUCUUGGUUGACAGGUUUAUAAUCACAUCUGUCCUGCUUUGUUUCUUUUUUAUGUAUUUUUUUUUAUCAUCAUUCCCUUCUUCAGUGUUGCACAACAAGUAUGACAGCACCAAAUCUAGCACUUAUGAGAAAAAUGGCACCAGCUUUUCGAUUCGAUAUGGCAGUGGAAGUAUGAAAGGAUUUCUCAGCACUGAUACCGUGGAGGUAAUUAAUGUUAUAAUUUAACUGGUGAAGUGUAAUAUUAUCUUGAGUCUUAAGCUCUCAUCUGUUCAGAAUUAACUUUUUUCUAUCCAUUGUAUUACUAUACAAUGCACUGGUUGGGUAACAAUUCUAAACCAUGUAACCAAUUGUUUGGUUCAAAUGGUGUUCUAGUUGUUAAGUGUCAGAGAAGAACUUUGAUCACAAAUGAAUAAUAGAAGAAGGUAAGAAUUUCAUAGAGAAGAUAAGGUGAAUAUGUUGGAAAUUCAAAACUGAUGCACUACCCUUCUGAAAAUGUAUUAGCUGAACUUGCAUUUCAAAUUCUCUUUUUUUUUCCUUUUAAUUUUUUUCCUGCAGGUUGCUGGCUUAAGUGUGAAACGCCAAACAUUUGCUGAAGCCACGAGUGAACCAGGAUUAGCCUUUGUUGCAGCAAAAUUUGAUGGACUCCUUGGUAUGGCCUAUGACACAAUAUCUGUGGAUGGUGUAGUUCCAGUUUUCUAUGAUAUGGUUCAGCAAGGCCUUGUGCAGAAACCAGUUUUCUCAUUUUAUCUGAACAGGUGUGUACAAGUGAAUAGAUAAAGAGUUGAUGCAUUUCAUAGAUGACAAUGCUCAGGCAGGAAAGCCCAUAUCAGUAGAUGAAUAAUUUAUAAUCACUGAUAGUUGCCAAUGAAUCUGGUUAUAGUACAUGCACAUGAAGGAACUACUGUAACAUGUUCUCCUGUGAAAAUGAUGCAAGAAAGCAUAAAAUAGGCAGAUUUGAGUAAUAACUUGUACUAAAACUGUGUUUCUGGGGAAAGAAAACCCAUGGCCUUCUAUAGACUUUAAACCUGUUAUCUCGCAAUUCUGCUGUGAUGUUCUGCCAAGUGAACAAUGGAAUUAGAUAUUGGAAUCUAGUCUUAGCUACAUGAACAGCUGUACAAGUAUAUGAGAGAAAUUCUGGUUAAAAUUUGACCAGCAAAAUACAUGUAUUUUUCCAAAUUCAUGUGAAACGUGUAUAGUAUAAUUUAUGUUGUCCAUCACCUCUGUUCUUCUUGUUGAAUGAUGUUGACUAUUUUCUUUUUCUGAUUUUAAGGGAUCCAUCUGCUACACCUGGAGGGGAACUGAUCUUUGGUGGUUCUGACCCCAAGUAUUAUACAGGCGACUUUACCUAUAUUCCUGUCUCUAAGAAGGGAUACUGGCAAUUCAAGAUGGACAGGUAGGCUCUUGGCUUUUGUGUACACAAACUUUACAUGUUUUAUUUUGUUUUUCUAUUCGGUAUGUUUUUUGUAUUCUUACUCUUCAUUCUUUGAGUAAAGCCAUGAUCCUUGCUGGUAAAGGUACAUGUAUAAAUUUCAUUUCAACUGUGGGUGGAAAUCAAGAAAAGCAAUGAUUCUUGAAGGUGAACUGCAAUUAAAGCAAACUGUGAUUAAAGCAACUGCAGCUGGAAUAGUCCAUUUACAGUUGCGUGCUUGGUUGCCAAGCCUUUUAACAGGAAUAAAGAUAGGGUUGGCCUUGUUAUAAUAAAACAUAGCUGCUUUUCAAAAAUAAUGUAAAUUCCUUCGUCAUCAUGCUAACUAGAUACUAAUCUCUAUCGCAAUAAUGUCACCUUCAGUCUCACUCCAAAUCAACGCCUGGCCAUGGAGCACACAAUUGUAAAAUGGCUUAUUGACAUCCUUUUCAAAAGCUGUGGAGCCUUACUAAUUUAUUAGUAAGGCUCAUUUAUUAGCUGAGGGCUUAAAGAGAUCAAAUAAUUUGUUUUAGCGUGCUUGUGAAUGGAGAAUCAAGCUUUUGCCAGGGUGGCUGUCAGGCCAUUGCUGACACUGGUACCUCACUUAUUGGCGGACCUACUGCUGAAGUCGAGAAGUUAAAUAAAAUGAUUGGUGCCAGUCCAAUAGUUGGUGGCGAGGUAGAUAUCAGUAGUUAUAAUCCAUCAAAUAUUUUCAUAUGCAAGCAAUUGAUUUAAGUUUGUCAUAAUUAUCAAAUACACACAUUAAGCAGAAACUGGUGAUUAUCUGGGUGACAAUGCCCAAGAAAUCCAGUACAGUUCCUUAAUUUUCAAACCUUUUGUCCAAAUUGAUGAAAGUUUCUGUGAAAAAAUUGAUACAAGAUGGGGGAGCAUUUUACUGUUCUUAUUGAAGAAGAGAAAAACCUUAUUAUUAACAGUACACUGUAUGACAGCAAACACUAAUAAGUUCAUAUCUAGCAUUGUCCAGUAAAGUGUUGUCAGUGGUAAGCUGUGCUCAUUUAAAUCUGAACCCCUAGGUAGAGGCCCGGGAAGAGUGAAGAUUCUUUCAUAAGGAUAACCACAACAACUCUUGCCCGAUCACCAGUAGGCUUACACAUCUCUUCUGCACAUGUUUGUGUGGUUUUUGUGUGAAAUGAAUCUUGUUCCAAAUGGUUUCAAACAAGGUUGAUUUCUAUUUAAGGAAGCUUAAAGUCAAACUAGUUUGAAAUCACUUUAAAGUAUGGCACAAAUUUCCAGAUGGGUUAUAAGGCAUCUCCUAUCUCAGAUUACAAACACAUUGUCAAAUUGUUCAAAAUGUUCCUUUUUUUUUUGUAUUUCAGUACAUAAUUGAUUGCGGCAAGAUUGACUCUCUCCCUCCAAUUGACUUUGUCCUUGGUGGCAAGAAAUUCACACUGACUGGAAAAGACUAUGUUCUCAAGGUAUGCAUUGAGUACAUUUCUAUUGAACAGUUAAGUUAGGAGCUCAAGAUUCUAUCAUGAAUAGAAAUCAAAAAUGAAUUAUUUAAUUGGUUUAAGUAUAAAUCUUCUAGUCAUUGAAAAUGUAAUUGAAAAGACAUGCUCGUGUUUUUAUAUCUUUUGUAAAUACAUACACAGUUUAAGGCAGCUUACUUAACUCUUUAUUUAGUACAGAGUAGGUUCUGUAGCAAGUUGCGCAGCUAUUCAGACUGCAGCACUUAGGCUUGAGGGCUAGUAAAUUUAUAAUAGACCUGAACACCCUAGUAUCAGUAUGGAUAUUCUCCAUACUGUUCUCUAUAUGUCCCCUAAGAUGCUAACAAGGAGAAUUUGUUUGACAAUCAAAAGCUUCUUCAGUUGGUGAUUGUUUUAUUUAUUCUUGUGAUCAUAGUGCUUGACUCAGUAAUGAUAUUGUAAGGAGAAAUUAGAUGCUAGUCACUCUUAGGGGUUAAAGGGCUAGCCAGGGAAAAAGUUAUGAGAAUAGACAAACUCAUCAUAGCAUCCAAUCUUUAGUUUUCUGUAAUUUAUGAAGAAAUGUGCAGAUAUAAUCUGCUCUUCAUGAGGAUUGGGGGUGAACCCGUAAUUCAUUACCAUGAUUGAUCAUGACAGAAUUUCUUUUUACAAGAUCAAGCAUACAAGUAAUAAGCAAAGAAAAAUUUAAUUAGGAGAUUAUUAUUUGACCUAACAUUGAAUUCUCCAAACUAACAUCAUAAGAAUUGUAGGGCAGACAGCAAGGAGAAUUACUGAUUAGAUCAUGGGAGUGAAAGGGUUAAGGUGAUUGGUGUUGGUUUUACUACCCUCACCUCAAAUGCUCCCAGUAACAAUUUCUUAACUGUUGGAUAAUUUUUUUAAAAUUUUUUUUGCAAAGGUGACGGUCAUGGGCCAAACUGAGUGUAUCAGUGGCUUCCUUGGUAUUGACGUCCCUUCUGGCCCCCUGUGGAUCUUGGGAGAUGUAUUCAUUGGCCCAUAUUAUACUGAGUUUGACCUGGGAAACAAUCGUGUUGGUUUUGCCAAGACUAAGUGA